AUGUAUUCUCGUUCUUUGGGAGCAAAUCCAGACGACCUCAAGGACCCCAUUAAGAUUAGUAUUCCCCGCUACGUCCUGUGUGGUCAAGGAAAGGAUGAACACUUCGAGUUUGAAGUCAAGCCUUUCCUGCUUUGCCUCCCUGAGGGCAUUCCCUACCUUUCCCAUGUGCCCAAACUCAUAAUCUUUAUCUCAGUGUGGCUGGAAUGUCUAAGGGUGUGGAUGAUUGCUUUCAUGGGUGGUCUGCCAUGUUGUAAGCUUGCUGCUCUUGAAUUCCCCCCAAAGAAGCUGUUUGGAAACAAAGACGAGCGAGUGGUUGCUGAGCGGCGGACACACCUAGAGAAAUACCUCAGGGAGUUUUUCAGUGUGAUGCUCCAGUCUGCGACAUCUCCCCUUCACAUCAACAAAGUGGGGCUGACCCUGUCCAAGCACACCAUUUGUGAGUUCUCGCCCUUCUUCAAGAAAGGUGUCUUUGACUACAGCAGCCAUGGCACGGGAUAGAUGUGAGGUGACAGAGGAACCACCAGCACAGUGCCUUCUCAUCAAAGUGUCUCCGAUGCAGGCGGACUCCCUCCCGCUCCAGGAUCCCAGCCUGCCUCCUCCUGUUGGGGUAACAUGCAGCAGCCAGCCCAGACCACCUCACACACCAUAUCUAGUGCCUGAGUUUGGGAGUGGGCUGCUUUGCCUGCCAAGGGCGACCCUGACCGGCAGUUGUUACUGUACCUCUGCACUUGAACGUGGCCUUUCCCAUAGUGCUUCCUUCUCAUUGUGCAGCAAGUCAGUCCCCUCUGGCAAACGGAUGUGCGGCUUGCUAGUCUCUUGGGGCUCCCAGAGCCAAGCCAACUUGGGACCUCCCAGAGUGGGUGGCUUACCAGACCACCCUUAAAUGGCUUUCAUCUGGUUUCCUCUUUCACCAAAAUAUGCUUGUUUUUUUAUACUCCUUCCACGUGGCUGGCUAUAUUUCAAAGAUGUUUUAAGUUAUAUUGUACUGUUUUGCUCGAUUGGAUUGGGACUUAAUAUACAUAAACACUGAAGUUUACACCAAAUGUCCUGUUCUGCAAAAAAAAAAAAAAAUAUAUAUAUA